AUGUCUUUGACGAUUAAGCAUCUCAACUCGGAUGCGUCGUUCCUCCUUACCUUCCAGCCGAUUCCCUGCUGUCCGCCCUGCCCAGAUCAGCAAGCGAAUUCCUUCAAGAUCCUUCUCGACCCGUGGUUGUCGGGUCCGUCGAAGGUAUUAAAUUCCAGGUUUUCCAUCGUAAGGCACAAAUUCGAUGCGUGUGUUCGGUCCCUGAACGAGCUCGACGAGGUCGAUCUAGUUGUUAUAUCUCAAUCCAAGAGCGACCACUGCCACAAGGAAACUCUCACGCAAUUACCACGUACCGGAGGGAAGACUCUCAUCCUCGCUGAGCCAGCUGCCGCAAAGCUCAUUCGAGGCUGGAAUUACUUUGCUCCCGAGAAGGUCAUCACUCUUCCCAAGUUCGAAGAAUCCAGACCGUGCAAGCGUUCAGCAAUCUAUCGAAUCCCCAUUCCUUCGGCCUAUCGAGAUGGCAGGCCUGGCGAAGUCACCAUCGCCUCCCUCGCACAAAAAGCAGAUCUCACUCGGCUUCACAGCGCCAUUGGUAUUACUUACCUCCCUCCCGUUGACGAGCAAGUCCAUGAGAUGACUCCUCCAGCCGCGCCAAGCUCGAGUAUCUCCCAUACUACUGGAGAUCGAGCACUCUCACUCAUCCACGCUCCCCACGGCAUCAGCUACAAGACUCUUCGCCCCUACGCACGCUCGCAUCUCAUCCCUCAAGAGGCUUUCCCUCUCACGGCGCUCCUUCACUGCUUCCACCGGAUCCAAAACUCAUGGUACCUCGGUGGCAACAUCUGCAGCGGCCUCCCAGGGGGAAUUGAAGUGGCCCAGAAGCUGCGUGCUCAAGUCUGGAUCAGCGCACAUGAUGGGGAAAAGGAUGUCCGAGGCCUAGCAAAUCGCAAUCUCGUAGUCCAGAGAUUCGAGCGCGAGGAGGUCGAAAAAGAGGUCAGCCCUCGCGGCGACAAGUUCCCAAAUUCGAGUGGUACCGAAGCAGUUGUCCUGGGGGUUGGGGAGGAGAUGUACUUGGUCCAUCUGCCGGGGAACGAUGAUGAGUACAAACGAAGCUAUAUAGGAUGCACCCCGAUCCACGUGGGAAUUGGCGAAAACGUGGCUGCCGGUUUUAGAAAGAACGUGGCGAGGGCCCAACCUCAUAACUUGAAAUGCUACAACCCCCGCAACUCCCUCGUCCAGCAGCACUUGCUAUGCUGA